ACAAAUGCUUGAAGCGUACAGCGUGAACCAGUACCAGCCUCAGAGUAACACUUGAGAAAAAUCUUUAAAGGAAAAAAUCAUUCUGUAACCUUUUUUGUUCUGUUCAUCAUGAGAAUAAGCUGUGUGAAGACUUUGUUUCCAGUUUUGUCUUUUGCAGUGGUGUUUCUCUAUAUGAGCUCUGUUAAGUGGGAAAUCCAAACUCAAGAGAGGCAGCUCCAUCAAGUCCAGCAGAACUUCUCGUUACACAACACACUUCUUCUGAACAAGCUGGACCGAUUGGAGGCUCAUUUAAUAGCAGUGGAAAAGAAAAACCUUGAAGGGAAAAAUGUGAGAAAGCCAGCAAAGAAGCUGUUUCCAGACUCAAAUCUCUUCAAAAAAUGGACAGUUGAACUUUCUGAGGAUGACCAGAGGAAGGCUGAGGUUCUCUUUCAGAAAUAUGGCUAUAAUGCUUUCCUCAGUGACCAGUUGCCUCUGGAUCGGGAGCUGCCGGAAACUCGAGAUCACAGAUGCAUUGGUCGUGAAUACCCCCACAAUCUCCCCACCCUCAGCGUGGUGCUGAUUUAUCUGGACGAGGCUCUGUCUGUCAUUCAAAGAGCCAUUUGCAGCAUCAUCAACAGAACUCCAGCCCACCUGCUCAAAGAGAUCAUACUGGUAGAUGAUCACAGCACAAAUGAAGAUCUGAAAACACAGCUCCACGUUUAUAUCAGCUCCAUCAAUGAGAAGCACCCAGGUCUGUUGAAGAUGGUGACCCAUUCAGAGCAGAAAGGACUUUCCCAGGCCAGAAUCUCAGGGUGGAAGACUGCAACUGGGGAUGUGGUUGCCAUUUUGGACGCCCACAUUGAGGUCCAUAUCAAAUGGGCAGAGCCUCUGCUUGCACGUAUCCAGACUGACCGUACGCUGGUCCUGAGUCCGGUGUUUGAUAGAAUCAAUUACUAUGACCUUCAAGUGACAAACUAUUUCGCAUCUGCUCAUGGUUUUGACUGGGCUCUCUGGUGCAUGUAUGUGGGAUUUCCACAGAAGUGGUAUGAUCAAAAUGAUCCUUCACAGCCAGGAAAGAGUCCCUCUGUAAUGGGAAUACUUGUGGUUGAUCGUCUGUUCUUUGGAGAGAUUGGGACUCUAGAUGGAGGUAUGGAGGUGUACGGAGGAGAAAAUGUUGAAUUAGGAAUACGGGUGUGGCUGUGUGGAGGAAGUAUAGAGAUUAUACCAUGCUCUAAAAUUGCUCACAUUGAGAGGGCACACAAGCCAUACAUGCCAGACCUUAGAAAUGUCAUGAAAAGAAAUGCCCUGAGAGUGGCAGAAGUUUGGAUGGAUGAAUACAAGAUAAAUGUGAAUAUCGCCUGGGGUCUUCCUAUACAGAACCAUGGUGUAGAUAUUGGUGAUGUAUCGGAGAGAAAGAAACUGAGAGAAAGACUAAAUUGCAAGCCAUUCAAAUGGUAUCUGGAAAAUGUCUAUCCUAUGUUAAGUCCAAUGAAUUUAUUAUCUUAUGGAGUGCUGAUUAAUGAUCUGCAAACAAGGUUAUGUUUGGAUAAGGGGCCAUCUGAGGAGAACACUCCCAUUUUAUAUCCAUGUCAUUUCAUGGGAUCUCAGGUAACCGCGUUUUUUAAUUUUCAAACUGUAUUUAUGUGGAAUAUUUGACACACUUCACUUUCUCAUCACACAGAUAUUUUAUCAUACCACACGUGGUGAGAUAUUUGCACAUCCUCUUGAGUCCCUUAAAAACAAUAGGAACCGAUGUCUAAUUGAUCCCGGCUCAGGCAGGUUUCCAGUGCUGUCCUGGUGUUCAGAAAC